AUGCCGCUUGCAUUGGAUAGUGAUGGAGGAGAGAGUGCGAGAAAGGGAGGAGAGGAAGAAGGAGAGGCGAAGGGAAGGCAGAUGACUCGAGAGUGGUUGAGCACGCUGGGGAGGAUGAUGAUGAUAGAACGAGUGAGAGGAGAAGAAGAGGAGAGAGGAGCGAGGAGCGGAGAGGUUGAGAAGGAGACGGCGGCGCUGGUCGGGUUGGCGAUGGGCGGCUGCACCAUUCUUCCAUUAUUUCCUGCUGUCAGGUUACAACGCUCUCGUGCGAGGAGUGCUCCGGGUAUCAGGGUUCUUCCGCCCGUCAAUUUAUCAUGGAUAAUUCAUUCCGGCUGGGCUGGUGCAGAUCGAGGAUCGAGCGAACCUCCCAAAGUUUAUUGGUGA